AUGGCGGAUAAAGUAGCUGGAGUCCCUCUGACAAAGACGGUGGAACAGACUGUCAACAAUGGCGCAAAGGCAGCACCAAAAGCGGCAGAGGGCAAUCCGGCCUUUCGCAUGAUGGGUCUCCCCAAUAUCAAGGCCAAACUCCCAUCGCGAAACUGGAUGAUCUUCCUUUCCAUCACGUCUUCCUUCGCAGCAGCAGUGUACUACGACAAGCGCGAAACUGCUCGUCUGCAACAAAAGUACUGCGAUAUGGUCGCACCCCUGUCAGAAAAGAUUAUUCCAACAACGACAAUGCCCAGGAAAAUGACCAUCUACCUACAAGCACCACCAGCCGAUGGACUGCGGAGCGCAAGAGAGCACUUUUACGAGUACGUGAAGCCGGUCCUGGUUGCUGGAGCAUUGGACUGGGAUGUUGUUGAGGGAAGAAGAGAGGGAGACUUGCGUUUUGGUGCUGCCGAGAAGAUCAGAAGAUGGCGGAGGAAGGCCGAGGGUGUGCAGGACGAGGAGGCAGAGCCGACAAAAGAGCAGAUUGUCACAGAACAGAGAGAAAGAGUUGGUUGUGUGGAUGAGGAGGGUGUCAAGGGAGACUUGGUCAUUGGCAGACACGCUUGGAAGGAAUACCUACGCGGCACACAUGAGGGCUGGUUGGGUCCUUUGAAAGAGCCGGUCCAGGUCGAGGAGGUCAAUGAGGUCAAGAAGCACAUCGACGGAGCGCCUUCAUUGGGUGAUGUAGCCGUCAAGGCCGCCACAGACUUGACCAUGAAGGACACUCCUCCCACCGCUUCUUCGGGCUCAUGCACAAACACCGACUCGGCCUCGAUCGUGUUCGACUCCAACGCAGACGACUCCGCAAACACGACCCCCGAAUCUCUCCCCGAUCCACCGAAAGAGGAGGAGCCUGUCAAACCGAAACUCACAAAACCCGACGCUUACAUCUCGACCUCAGCCUAUGCCUCCGCCAACCUCCCAUCGUCAACACCUUCCACUCUCGGCCCUACAAUCGCCAUUCCGUUUCCUCAUCUUCUAGGCUUCUGGAACUUCCCCAUCCGCAUCCACCGUUUCCUCACUCGUCGCUAUGUUGCCGAAGAGAUCUUCUCUCGCACCGCAGCCGCCGUCCUAGCGUCCCAUCGCGAGUUCCAGGCCUCAGAUGUUGACUAUCUCCAGCAUGAAGAAAAGGAGUGGCACAAGAGUGUCAGAAAGCCAAAGGUCGAGGCAACUGAAGAAGGCGCUCUAGCGCAAGAGCAAAAGGAGAAGUUGUGGCUGGAUGGUGUCGUUGUUGAUGAUCGCAUUGCUUCAAGAAUGCGCGUCUUUGAAUUACCUGUCGAUGGGCAGUUACCUCAAUCUAUCCAGGAGAGCAACGUACAACAACCUGAUUGGGCUUACCAGGGAUCAAAAUCCAAGGAGUAG